AUGGCAUCCAAGGCGUUCGACGACGAGAAGGGCGUCAACGUCCCCGCUAGCCCAGUCUUGGGAUCCGACGAACCGCAACUCCAACUCUACAACAACACGAUCAUACGGCAGGACGAUGGCAUUCUUUCGCGACUCCGACGGCUCGAGGCGCGCCUGGACGAGAAACUCGGCGUGGAAAGCGAAGCCAUCGACCGCAAGCGGGCCGAGGACAAGAAGCCCGUGCCGUGGCACGAACAGCUGACCAUGGCGCUGCUGUGGGCGUCCGGCACGAUGAACACGUCCUGCUUCGCGACCGGCUUCCUCGGCUGGGAAUUCGGACUCUCGCUCAAGCAGAGCAUCCCGAUCUACAUCCUCGCCAGCAUCCUGGGCGGCGCCGUGACGGGCUACUGCGCGACGUUUGGCGCGGCGACGGGCCUCCGCCAGAUCAGCGUGUCGCGGUACAGCUUCGGGUGGUGGCCCAACAAGCUCAUCGCCGCGCUGAACACGGUGCAGCAGAUCGGCUGGGCGGCCGUGUCGUGCAUCACGGGCGGGCUGGCCCUCAACGCCGUGGCGGACGGCCACGUGUCGCUCGUGCUGGGGAUUGUCAUCUUGGCGAUUGUGGCGCUGGCCAUCUCCUUCGUCGGGCUGAACGCCAUCCUCGUCUACGAGCGGUACGCGUGGUUCAUCUUCUUCGUCAUCUUCAUGAUCAUCUUUGGCGAGACGGGCCGCCACGCCGACAACACGACGCCUUCGUCGCUGCACGGCGCCGACCUCUCCGGCACGGUGCUCUCGCUGGUCGCCAUCGUCUACGGCUCCAGCGCGUCGUGGUGCACCAUGGCGUCCGACUACUACGUGCACUACCCGGCGCACGUGUCGCGCGUCAAGGUCUUCCUCAUGACCAUGUUCGGCAUCUCCAUCCCCACGAGCAUCGGCAUGGUGGCCGGCGCGGUCGUCGCGUCCGCGCUCAACAACAAGCCCACGUGGGAGGACGCGUACGAGAACCGGGGGCUCGGCUUCCUCAUCCAGACGAUGCUGCAUCCACGCGGGUUCGCGAAAUUCCUGCUCUGCCUGCUCGUCCUGUCCGGCAUCAACACCAACGUCAUCUCCAUCUACAGCGCGGCCAUCAGUUGCCAGCAGUUCGCCCGCCCGUUCGCCCGCGUGCCCCGCUUCAUCUGGACGUUCCUGUGCUUUGCCGCCAUCCUGGGCAUCGCCGUCGGGGGGCGCGAACAGCUCAACACCUAUCUCGUCAAUUUCCUGUCCCUGCUCGGCUACUGGUGCACGUCGUACUUUGUCAUCCUCUUCUCCGAGCACGUCAUCUUCCGGAAGCGCGAUUUCGCAAACUACGACCUCGACGGCUGGAACGAUCCGAGCAGGCUGCCUCUCGGCGUGGCUGCCGGCACGGCCUUUGCCCUGGGCAUCGUCGCUUGGGUGAUGGGCAUGGUGGAGACGUGGUACACGGGCCCGCUGGGCAAGCUGAUCGGCGCGUAUGGAGGGGAUGUGGCGAACGAAUUCGCCUUUGUCGUCACAGCCGUGGUUUACACACCGGCGAGGUACCUCGAGUUGAAGUACUUCGGGCGGUGA